UCUGCUGGUGGUCAACAAUACAACGUCGCUGCGCUACUUUUUUAAAUCAAUGCGUUUCUUGUACUUACUCGAAGAUCAGAUAUUGCUGUAGCGGCUGCGACCUAUGCGAAUUGAUCAGAGUUGAAAAUUGGGUUUCGUCGUCUCAACCCGACACAAUUGCUUUUUCAAAGCCACUCUUCUUCCCUCCGAUAAAAAUGAAUGAUGCCACCUCCAGUUGUCUCUCCUCCUCCUCCUCCUCCCACUCGUCUCUUGCUUUUCACGCGAACGGAAAGCGAGAUUUUGUCCCGACUGCUGGUCUGGAUUCAGCAUUACAAGGCGGCGGUGGUGCCGGGUCUGGAAGUUUUGGUCCUGACCGCGGGCGAUGUGCCAGUGAGAAAUGCAGACAACACUUUGUUCCAGGAGACUCAAGGACAAAGAACACAAGCAGGAACUUCUACACGACAGGCGGUACCAGUAGAGGCAGCGGCUCUUACGACCGCGCAUACCGGUGUAGUAGAAGAAGUGGACCAGAACAGACAUGCAACUACUUCUUCUCAGGAGCAUCAAAUAACGUCGUCUUCUGGCAGCGGCUGCAUGAGCGCCGCGGCCUCGGUGUCCACGCCGAAAAAUCUCCUUGCGGCGAACCAAGAUUUUCUCUUCGACGGCUGGUUAGUGCAGGAGCAAGCGGCGGUAAAGCGCAAAGACGUGGCGACGCGGUGCGCAGAAUUCCAGCCCGACUUUAUCGUGUCCGUCUUGUAUCCGAAGAAAAUUCAACUUGAGGUACCACUUACUACGUACAAAAUUUGUUUGCCGGAAAAAUCUUACUUAAUUUGUCACGCAAAAUUUGUAAAUAAGACUAGAUCGUCUAGUACGCCGCAGCACUUGACGUUGAUGCACAGUCAUGUGCUCUACUAUUCCUCUCAGGUCCUCCAGCUCGUUCCGGAAGGGCUCGCGGUCAACCUGCACCCGUCCCUCCUUCCAAAGCACCGGGGCAGCCUGUGCCAGUUCUGGCCGAUAUUCGAAGGCGACAAGGAAUCUGGCGUGACCGUGCACGAGAUGCUGGAGCGGUUCGACAGCGGCCCCAUUUACCACCAGCACGCAAUCCCGAUAUCGGAGGGGAUCGAGACGGCGCUCUCCCUGAACCGGAAAAUUCUCCACGCACUGGAGCUCUGUUUCGAUUGGACGCUGCAACUAUUUUUCGCGGAGGAGGUGGGGGGCAGGAUACGGGGGGCUGCAGCAGGUGACGAGGAAGUACAAGGAGAUAGAGAAACCGUUGGUCUACAAGUUGAAGUUGAUAUUAGGAAUCAAGUUAAAGCAGAGAAAGUCGCGAGGAUACAGCAGGCACGGACCGCGACGGUGGAGCUAGAUGAGCAGAAGUACCCGUACCACUACAAGCGCUUUCCAGAGGACGGGAUCGUCAACGAAAAGUGGGACCGGCGUCAGAAAGACCGCUUCAUCCGGGCCAUGUACUUUCCGCCAAAACCCCCGGCGAGGGUGCGCAUAGUGGUGUCUGGGAAUAAAGUUGAGGCGGGAGAGGUGGUGACCACGUUGCGCGGUGUAGAUUCGCUAAGCGAGUAUGAUCAGUUGCGAAGAGCAGGCGGCGUUCCUGGACUGGUGGGCGCAGGAAGUUGAUAACGAGGGGCUGCGCCGGCGCACCAAACGUGAUUCGGCUUCCAACCCAAAGCGCGUUCCACUUUCGAUGUGUUGCAAUAUGAGUCCGAAGAGAAGAUUGCAAGACCCAUGUCGAUGCAUCGAGGACUCACACACAAGGCUUGGCACCUUCUGGAACUGAGAAGUGUAGAGAUGUGUGCUCUCGUAAAAAAAUGACGAACUUCAAGAAAUCGAAGGUGCCAGCAGAAGUACGUAGUUGUAGACAGGCAUGCCAUGAUCUUGUCUUGGCUUCGGCUUGCUCUUGCGUGUCGCGUAAAGUUGAGUUGUUCGUCAGCCGAUCAACCAGGCGCUACCAGCGGGAACAAAAAAAUAAAAUCGAUCGUGUUGUGGAAAUACAUCGCGCGAAG